AAAAGAAGCUUCCGUAUUAACCAAUAUCGGGUGAUGCUUGGACCAGCGGCAUGGUACCUGAACUAGUCAGGUAUCACGCAGUCGUUUGAUCACCGCAACACGUUCUAGAAAAUUGCAAGUGGCGCAUAAUGUUCCCGUGCUACACUUUUCUGACGUGAAAAACAAAUUGAAAGUUGUAGUUUCGAUUGGCACGGUUUAAGUGAACAGGCGAGCGCGCGAGCGGCUAGCGCGGCAGCUAACGUCAACGUCACGAGAACAAAACUGCUCCCCAAAAAAAGCUGUUUUCACCCAAAAUCCAGUGUGGAGCCUCGGUCGUGGACCAAAUAACAUCAGCAACAACACAAUGAACGUCGCAAAAAGUGGCUAUCGCGUGUUCUCGGCAAAUUCCUCCGUCGCAUGCACAGAACUGGCGAAGAAGAUAACAGAGCGACUUGGAGUUGAAUUGGGAAAGUCUGUUGUCUUUCAAGAGUCUAAUAGUGAGACAAGAGUGGAUGUAAAAGAAUCUGUUCGUGGGCAAACCAUCUUCAUCAUUCAGACCAUCCCAAGAGAUGUCAACACGGCAAUCAUGGAGUUGCUGGUUAUGGCCUACGCCCUCAAGACCUCUUGUGCAAAGAACAUUAUUGGGGUUAUUCCGUACUUCCCCUACAGCAAACAGUGCAAGAUGAGGAAAAGGGGCUCCAUAGUAUGUAAGCUGUUGGCUUCCAUGUUGGCAAAAGCAGGGCUAACACACAUUAUCACCAUGGACUUGCAUCAGAAAGAGAUCCAGGGUUUCUUUUCUUUUCCGGUGGACAAUUUGCGGGCCUCCCCAUUCUUGAUCCAGUAUAUCCAAGAGGAGAUUCCGGAUUACAGGAAUGCCAUCAUCGUGGCCAAAUCCCCAGCAGCGGCCAAGAGAGCUCAGUCCUAUGCGGAACGCUUGCGCUUGGGUCUGGCUGUGAUUCACGGCGAGGCUCAGUGUUCCGAGUCGGACAUGGCCGACGGAAGGCAUUCACCGCCAUGUGUGCGCAACACCACAGGACACACAGGAUUGGAGCUGCCCUCAGGCAAACAACAAGCUCCGUUCCCUGGCAUAGAGCUUCCAAUAAUGAUGGCCAAGGAGAAACCUCCCAUAACUGUCGUUGGGGAUGUGGGGGGAAGAAUUGCCAUCAUCGUGGACGACAUCAUAGACGAUGUCGGAGACUUUGUCGCAGCCGCUGAGAUCUUGAAAGAGAGAGGCGCGUACAAAAUUUAUAUCAUGGCCACACAUGGAUUACUCUCUGCCGAUGCUCCACGUCUCAUCGAGGAGUCGGCCAUUGAUGAGGUGGUGGUGACAAAUACAGUCCCGCAUGAAGUGCAGAAGCUCCAGUGUCCAAAAAUCAAGACGGUAGACGUCAGUAUGAUCCUGGCUGAGGCCAUCCGCCGUAUCCACAAUGGAGAGUCCAUGGCUUACUUGUUUCGCAACAUUGCUGUGGACGACUAGAGUGUAAACCAGAGAGGUGGCUCUGGGGGUGACUGAAGGGAGAUGCGCUUGUUUGGGCUUUCCUGCUCCUUCAACGACACUACUGUGAUGAUUUAAAAAAAAAAGAUAUGCAAUACAUAUCUAAGUCAAGAGUUUUUCCCUGUACUUUAACUUAAAAAAAAAUCUCCAUCAAAUGCAAUAUAGUUAAAAAAAAGGUUUACGGGAUUUAACUAUUUUAUUUUUCAUCAUGCUGAAAUUAAGAUUAAGUAUACAGUGCAUUUUGAAGUCCCGUCUUUCUGGAAUUAUUAUUUCCAUAACCCAAGAUGAUUUGUCGUUGCUUGAAAAACAAACGAACAAAACUAGUAAGGUACUAAAUAUUCAGUGACUAAGAAGUAGCAAAACACGUCUCCUUGCUGUUAAUGAGUCUGCAACUCUCUUGCUGGCCUUUCUGGUCGGAGCUGCGUUGCACUUUGAUCAGCUUGCAUUUAUGACGGGGUAUGUGGUUUUCAGCCACCCCAACACCUCGUUGCGACCAAGGUUUUUUUUUUGUUGUUUUUUUUUGGCACCAUAUUAUACUUUUAAUUGUCACAUCGGUUAUGUUGAGUUACUAGAAGGAACUGCACUGUUUACACUGCAAACAUCAUUGAACUAUUGCAGAGAAAAAUCCCUCUUACCCCAUUAGAUGAAUUUGUUGGUAUUCAUAUAGCUUGUGAGUCGCUGAUAGUGCAGUGGCACACUCGCCUGUCUUGUGUGCGGGCAGCGUGGGAUCGGUUCCCACUCGGUGGCGGUGUGAAUAGUUAUUCAUCUCU